GCCUGUUUGAGAGACACGUGUGCAGGGGAACCAGGAAGUGUCUGCCGGAAUUGGAGUGCCUGCCUGGGUGGUCCUAGAAGUGGUGCCUGUAAUCACCAAAAGCUGGAGUGCUCAGUAUGUUACUGGGAUACAGUCCAGUGUUUCAGGCACUUCUAGGAACCUUCUUGACCUGGGGAUUGACGGCUGCUGGUGCGGCACUUGUCUUUGUCUUUUCCAGCGGACAGAGACGGAUCCUGGAUGGCAGCCUGGGCUUUGCUGCAGGGGUCAUGUUGGCUGCUUCUUACUGGUCACUUCUUGAACCUGCCAUCGAGUUAGCUGAAGACUCUGAGAAGUUUGGGGCAUUUGCGUUUUUCCCGGUAGCUGUUGGCUUUACCCUGGGAGCGGCCUUUGUGUACUUUGCUGACAUCCUCCUCCCUUGGCUGGGUAUCAGUGAGCCUCCAUACACAGCACUGGCACUGAGCUGUGAUUCGAGGGUACUGAAGGAGAAAUACGAGCAGCAGUCUUCCAGUCCUCAGGAGUAUGAAAAUGAACUGACCAUCCGGAUAGGUAGAGCUGCACUGCAUUCAGACAAAAGUGAAAAUGGGGAACCUUAUCAGAGAAGGAAAGGUGCUGGAGGUGGCCAGCAAGAUGUUCCUACUCCAUCCCAGACUCUCAAAGACAGUACUCCAGUCCCAGCAAGCUGCAGUUGGAGGCGAAUCAUGCUGCUCAUCUUAGCAAUAACAAUACAUAACAUUCCAGAGGGUUUGGCUGUUGGCGUUGGAUUUGGUGCUAUUGGAAAGUCAGCAUCUGCAACUUUUGAAAGUGCUAGGAAUUUAGCAAUUGGGAUUGGCAUUCAGAAUUUUCCAGAAGGGCUUGCUGUCAGUCUUCCUUUACGAGGAGCUGGGUUUUCAACAUGGCGAGCAUUCUGGUAUGGGCAAUUAAGUGGCAUGGUGGAGCCAUUUGCCGGCCUUUUUGGUGCCUUUUCUGUUGUACUAGCAGAGCCUCUUCUCCCUUAUGCUUUGGCAUUUGCUGCAGGAGCCAUGGUGUAUGUGGUGAUGGAUGAUAUCAUCCCCGAAGCACAGAUCAGUGGGAAUGGAAAGCUCGCUUCUUGGACUGCCAUCUUUGGAUUUGUGAUUAUGAUGUCCCUAGAUGUUGGACUUGGAUAACAAGAGAUGUAACAUUUCCCGUGUUUUUGACCUUCAGGAUAUGUCAGUCUGAUCAAAAUGCACAGCAGAAGCUAGAACUAGAAGACUGUGUUUUACCUAAUCAUACUGGUUGCUGUUGAUUUGCCUUUUAAUUAUAUGGACUUCGGAAAUUUGCCAUAACAGAAUUGUUUGGGGAAAUACAGGAUGCUGCUUCUCGGGAAUGUUUCAUUUGCCACGUAGUUAUAUCUUUUUCAUCAGGGAUUUGGAUAUGGAACAUAUCAAUGAAGCUGCAAGGCAUGUUUUAUUCCACUCAUUCUUUUGACACAUGUUUUUGGUACUCUUAAAGGUCAGCCCUAAUCUGUGAUGAUUGUCUUUGGUGUGUGUUUACACCUCUCAUUGUGUUGUGGCCUAGGAGGCAGCAUCUGCCAUGCUUUCUUCAGGGCUAUGGAAAAUGUUCAGCUUCACAAGGUGUUAAAAUGGGUAGUAUUGUUCUUUUAAAAUUAGUUAAAUAAAUAGGAUUUUUGAGCUGUGUUUAUAGGGUAGGGCAUGUUUGAGUUUAACAUGUUAUGACAGGGAUUUACUGGAGGAGUCAGGGAAUAAUUUGUUUCAGACUUGAUGGUGUUUGUAGCCAAUAUUAAGUACGCUUCGCUCAAGCACCCAGUUUCAAAAAUACUGCUUUUGUGGAUCCACUCAUUUAUUAAUUGUCUAAUCUGACUUUAAAAUAUCAGCAUCCUAUUCGAGGUUCAAGGCAUGACUUACAUUGGUGGAGGUACAAGGAAGAGAGCUCUGUGAAAGCUCAAUUCAUUUCUUGGUACAGUUGACUUGCUAAUAUGCUAUCUCCACCAAGUUUUACUAGCAGAUUUCAAUACUGAUUCCUUGGAGAGAGAUCUGAGAUUUACAGCAAUUUAGCAGCUACCUCCUUCUGGCAGCAAUUUAGUGGCUACCUCCUACUGGCAGUACUGGCAGCCUAUAGUAUUUUAUGGCAUUGUGGUAUUUAAUGAUUUUCCCCACCCCCGUCCCGCCGCCUUUUUUCCCAUUUUCUAAGAAAGACAAAAUUGUUAUUAUUCUUGCUUUUUCACUUUGCUCGAAUUGUGAUAAGACUUCAAUUAACAUUCCUUGGGCGAUGCUUUGGAGGAUAGUAGGUGCGUUUAGUAGUCUCAUUUUUUAAAAAUUAAUCUGAGUAAUUAGUGUUCUACCUGUAUGGAAUUGACCGUCUUGUAUAGCUUUGAGAGCCACGAGGAAAAGUUUCACCUAUUGACACUCAGCCAUGGAAAAAGAAAUGAACUGAUGUUUUGACAUAGUCAGUCAGAGUAUUAAUAGGUUGUACAUCUGUCAUACAAGGCAGGGACAAUUGUGGCUCUUCAUUUACUGUUAGGCUCCAUCUCCCAUCAACUCCACACUAGCAUGGCCAAUGGGAAGCACUUGAAGAGUGCUUAUCUAGCAAUAUCUUGAGGGCCACAGGUCCUCUAUCUCUUGUCUGGCAGCUUCGUUUACAUUUUCAGCAUAGAUACUUACAGAUUAAAAUGUAAGAAUUGUGCUAAUAACACUGGGACAUACCUUUAUAUCGUUUCUUUAUCAGAAGAGACAGAUGUAUCAUUAGCGCCUGUGGCUACAUUCCUGACCCACCUAGUUUUUCCCCCAGCUCAUAAAACAAGGGCUACUAUUGCUUUCCAUACAAUUCCUAACACAAUUCCUAUUAUUCCAGGAGGAACAGAAGGGGUAUGAGUGUGUCUGCCCGUGCAAACGUAUGUUUACCAUUGACCAAUAUGUUUCCAUGAACUAAAUGCUAAAUAAAGUCAAUGGGAAUUUAUGUUCAUGUAGGCCAGUACAGAAUGAUAACUUGUAAUCAACCGAUGGGUCUUUUGUAACUUUAAUACAGCAGAAUAAAAGAAGAAAUUAAAAAAAA